AUGAUGGCGGCGAAGGAUAACAUAACUACAACGGCGAUAAAUCCGCGAUAUCUGAUUAGUGUUCGCGAUGAACCAACACAGCAGCUGAAACUCAUAGCAGGCUAUGAAAAAGAAGAAUUGGUUUCUUUGGAGAAAGCAGUUGAGCCGUUGUACGAACUACUCGAUAUCAACGAAUUGAAGGAAAACGUUGAAAUAGCCUUGGCGAAUAGCAAAAAUCCUGCAAAUGGUCUGACACGUGAUGAAUCAGCCGCUAUCCACUUGUACACUAUUGAGUCGGAUUUGUAUCCGACGCUGAAUCAUGCACUAAGAGCAGCUAAUCGGCGAAAAUUAUUACCUUGGUUUCCUUAUUUGAAAUUGUUCUUCACUGCACUAUCGAAGAUACCACCGUCAAUAGUCUGGCGAGAUGUCAAAGAAGAUUUGAGCAAAGUGUAUGAAAUUGGUGAAGAAUGCACUUGGUGGGCAUUUUCAUCCUGUACAUCCACAAUCAAAGUGCUUGAGUGUCCACAAUAUGUGGGAAAAAGAGGUAAACGAACUAUAUUCAAUAUAUUUCAACGGGAAUUACAUAAACGUCCUCAAGAUGACAACAUAACAACAGAAGUAACAAAAACAGAUCAGUUUCGGAAAUUUUGGAUUAACUAUCAGCCGGAGAACGAUCUCAUCCGUUACACUCAAGCUACUUUUUUCCAUCGAACACUUAAUCUCAGUCUCAGACAGCGGCGGCUCGAUAAUAUAUAUUACUAUCGACNUUGUCUCCGUCAAUUUCAACCAGCAGAAGAGGACCGUGUCUUGGUGACAGUCUAUCGUGGUCAACAAAUGACAGUGUUUGAACUUGACAAACUCACAAAACGUGUUGGCGAAGUAGUGGCGGUCGCGAGUUUCUUGUCGACAUCCUUCAAUUUUAAAGUUGCUCAAAUCUUUGCUGGCAAUGGAUCCGACAAUGAUUCACAUAUGAUCUCGAUCAUUUUCGAGAUACAGCUCGACACAGGUCGACAGAUGCGGCCGUAUGCUCCCAUCAAUAGCAGCGAGGAAGAUGAAGUACUUUUCUCACCGGGCACCAAAGAACAGAUGGAUACAAAAUCAACCCUCAGAAGUAUUGCUUCUUAUUAUACAUCAUCAUCAGCGGAAAUACUACUUUUAUGA